AUGAGCGCAACCAACGGCAGCUCCACGGCAGCGCCGUCCAAGAAGAACAUCGGUGUCUUCACGAACCCCAAACAUGAUCUCUGGAUCAACGAAGCCGAGCCGAGUCUGGAGAGCGUGCAAAAGGGUAGCGAUGAGCUGAAGGAGGGCCAGGUCACCAUCGCCAUCCGGAGCACAGGAAUCUGCGGCUCCGACGUUCACUUCUGGCACCACGGUUGCAUCGGUCCCAUGAUUGUCCGUGAAGACCACAUCCUCGGGCACGAAUCAGCAGGCGAGAUCAUUGCUGUCCACCCGUCCGUCACGUCUCUCAAGGUUGGCGACCGCGUUGCGGUGGAGCCUCAGGUCAUCUGCUACGAGUGCGAGCCGUGCCUGACGGGACGUUACAACGGCUGCGAGAAGGUGGACUUCCUGUCGACGCCGCCGGUGCCCGGGCUGCUGCGACGCUACGUCAACCACCCAGCCGUGUGGUGCCACAAGAUCGGCGACAUGAGCUGGGAGGACGGCGCGAUGCUGGAGCCGCUGAGCGUGGCGCUGGCUGGCAUCCAGCGCGCGGGCAUCACCCUUGGUGACCCCGUGCUCGUGUGUGGCGCGGGCCCCAUCGGGCUCAUCACAUUGCUGUGCGCCAAGGCGGCGGGCGCGUGCCCGCUCGUCAUCACCGACAUCGACGACGGCCGCCUCAAAUUCGCCAAGGAGUUGGUGCCCGACGUCAUCACUUACAAAGUCGAGGGCCGGCCGACGGCUGAGGACGCGGCCAAGUCCAUCGUCGAGGCAUUUGGCGGCGUGGAGCCGACCCUGGCCAUAGAGUGCACGGGUGUGGAGAGCAGCAUUGCCAGCGCCAUCUGGGCAGUCAAGUUCGGCGGCAAGGUUUUCGUCAUCGGAGUCGGCCGCAAUGAGAUCAGCCUACCGUUCAUGCGGGCGUCGGUGCGCGAGGUUGACCUGCAGUUCCAGUACCGUUACUGCAACACGUGGCCGCGGGCGAUCCGGCUAAUCCAGAACAAGGUUAUCGACCUGACCAAGCUGGUCACGCACCGAUUCCCGCUCGAGGAUGCGCUCAAGGCAUUCGAGACGGCUGCCGACCCCAAGACGGGCGCCAUCAAGGUACAGAUCCAGAGCUUGGACUGA